AUGUGGCAGCCAGAAAGCCGCGUACCCAAACCUGCCCGGCAUGUGAAGGAGAAAAAUCGGCGGCAGAAAAUGAAGGACCUUUAUCGUCAGCUCGCAACUGUCGUCUCUCCUGAAAACUCUCUGCAAAAAUCUCCAACCUUGGACGUGUUGGAUCAUGCCACUAACUGCAUCAAACGACUAGAGAAAAACGUUAAUGAGCUGAAAGCAAAAAAGGAUACUCUUCAACUACCAGUGGUAAUAACCGUGAAUGAAAGUGGAAGCGGUGAACGUUUGGAGAUAAAUAUAGUGUGUGGAUCAGAGAAGAAGAAGCUGAUGAAAAUGGAUAAAGUGAUUUGGAUUCUUCAAGAGGAAGGCGCUGACGUUGUGAGUGCAACCAACUCCACAGUGGGUCCCAACAUCUACCAUACAAUUCUUUGCAAGGUGUAG